AUGGCGCGUCCAAAAUCCAUCCGCGCUCCCACCACAGCCAGCCUCCCCAGCACCCUCCGCAUCCCCUCAACCAGCCCAUCAGUAUCCAAGUCAUUCAACAAACUCUCCCGCCAAGCUCUCCUCGACCUCGUCUUCCAAUGGCUGGACGAUAACAACGUAAACACCUUCCCGCCAUAUCUCGAGCGCGACCAGAUCGAAAAUACCGACCCGGACGAUGAAGAGACCAGCCCGUACCCGGCCGAGCAGACGAUCGACGACAUCCGCAAUGCAUACCAAGACCUGCAGGACCGGAAAGGUGGGAAACGUGAGGUAAUUGAUCGUGUGCUUGAGGGCGAUUGGAGACAUGGGAUUACGUUACGGCAAUUGGCAAUGGUGGAUAUUUGCUACAUGGAGGAUCAUCCCGCUAGUUUGCGAUGGGCGGCGUUGGAACUUGCUCGUUUCGACGAGGUGGAGGAUACGCAAACGAGUGAUCUAUCAGCCUGUCUCCCGCGUGUGCAUGCGUCGACUUUCCUGAAGAACCUGCAGCAAUUAAUCGCGCCACUUGUGAAAGCGCAUUACCACCUCGCGCGAUCCGCUUCGUUACCUCUCACAUUCCUGCGCAUUCUAGUCACCAAUUCGCCCUACCAGCAUCCGCGCCAACUACCCGAAACCCUCAUGGAUUCCUCGAGGGUAAUUUAUAUCGCUUUCCCAGAUAGUUGUCCAUUUAUAUACACGUCCAUUUCAUCAACCGGUUCCAAAACCAGCACUUCCGCGACCACCGCCGUCGGAACAGAUACCAGAAGUCUACAGCGCAUUGUCCGAGACGCUAUCCCCAAAGCACUCUCCCGUCCUCAAGAGCGAUAUACUCUGAAAGCGACAUCUCUUUCGGCAAAGAGCCUCCAGGCCCUACUAUCCCUCCGAGGCCCGAGCCGUUCAAACGCAGCAAACGGCGCAUUCAGCAUUUUCGCCGAUGCGGUCGUCGAAGGAAGCCCAUUGGACCCACGACCAGCCAAUACAGUCUCGCCGGAGGAAUACAUGAACCGCAGUGAUGAGAAAGAAAGCAAACGAACCGAAGAUGAAGAUACCAAAAAUACCGACACCCAUGCGCCCAAGAAGCGCAAGCUUGCCGUUCAUUCCCGCUUCGGUACCUCUGGCUCCCGCUCAUCGGCACCCCUGGACCGUUUUGAUAUUCGGUUACUCGAUUCCCCGAAUGGCCGCGAUGAUCAAGAACCCUCUGAAGAUUCUCAGCCAACUCUGUCACUCAGUUUCGCCGGCAACGAUGUUAUAUCAGGGAUUCGCAAACUCGCGGAACUAGGCAUCGUCGAUGCAGAGCGUAUGCCGUCUUGGAUGACCGGUGAAGAAGGGGUUAGUGUUGCUGUUGUCCAUCAGGGGAGACGGGUAGCGAAAGAUAGUGGAUGA